UGUACUUGUACAGCGGAGGAGGUACGCGGCUGUGAUGGCGGGGCUCGACCCAUGAGCCGGCUGCUGUGCUGUUUGUGCGCGCCCGUCGCUAAUAUGGGCGCCGCGCUCUCGCACCCGCAGGAGGGAGAUAUAUGUGAUGGUGUUGGCGGACCUCCGGCGCCUCCCACUAUGGCCGACGUUAUAAGGGAGAGGAAGAAGAAAGCGGGCGGCGCGGCGUUGGGCACGCUGAGGAGACGCCUCGCCGCCGCCACCAGGAGGCCCAGGGACUCGCAGCCAGACCGAGGGUGCGAGCACGGGCGCUACAUCAGGUCGGUGGUGGGGGACUGGCAGCUGCCCGAGGUGGUGGUGCUGUGCGAAGAGAUGGAGGCCGGCGCCGCGCUGCGGGACCUCCUCACGCAGGCCGAGCUGGCGCGGGAGCCGGCGCCCGCCCUGCACGCCGACCUCGCCGCCCUGCUGCACGACGCGUGCUGGUGCGACGUGGAGCUGAUAGGGGCGGGCUGGUCCCUGGCAGCGCACCGCGCGGUGCUGGCGGCUCGGAGUCACUACUUCAGGGACCUGCUGCGCGGCCGCCCCCCCGGCUUCUGCCGGGUGCCGCUGGAAGGCGCGGGCGCCAGCCUGUCCCGCGAGGAGCUGGUGGCCGGCGUGAGGAUGCUGUACUCCGGGCCGCUGUACUGCCACACGUGCCACACAGAGUACGAGAGGAGCGGCGGCGCGGAGGCGGACGAGGCGGAGUGCGGCGCGGGGGGCGGGUGCGCGGGGGGCGCGGCGCGGCGGCUGGCGGCGGCGCUGGGCUGCGUGCCGGACGCGCUGCUGCGGGACGUGCGGCGCCUGCUGGACUCGGGCGAGCUGUGCGACGCGCGGCUGGUGUGGGCGGGGGAGGGCGCGCGCGGCCCCGACCUGCCCUGCCACCGGUUCAUACUGGCGGCGAGGUCUAGGUUUUUUAGGAACGUGAUGGGUCGGCGCACCAGCAGCAACGGCGCCAUCUGCGUCGACGAGAAGAUCCUGCCGAGAAGGUUCGCCAAGGCGCUGCUGCACGCCGCCUACACCGACCAGAUCGACCUGAGCCUGAUAGGGAGGAGCGGCUCGUCUCCGUCAUCGAGCAGCGGCGGGGGCGGCAUGUCGUCGUGGCCCGGCGCCGCCCGCAGCAGCGCGCCCCGCCCCGCCGCGCCCCGCCCCGCCGCGCCCCGCCCCGCCGCGCCCGCGCUGGACGACGUGUUCCAGCUCUACGAGAUCGCCAGCUUCGUGGAGAUGCCGAUCGCGGUGCAGGGCUGCGAGGACGCCAUCGUGGAGGCGCUGUCGGCCGACACGCUGCCGCUGGUGCUGCGCUGGGCCGCCGCGCCGCACGCCUCCAAGUGGGUGCACCGGCAGGCCAUGCGCUACCUGCGCGACGAGUUCCCCCGGGUCACCAGCGGCGCGGCGGCGGGCCGGCUGCCCCGGGCGGCGCUGCGGGCCGCGCUGCAGUCGCCCUUCCUGCAGGCCUCCGAGCCGCAGGCGCUGCGGGGGCUGCUGCGCUGGGCCGCCGCGCAGCCAGCACAGCCGCCAGAGCCGAACCUAGUGUGGCACACGGCGCACUCCGCGUCCCGGCGCGGCACCCGGCGGCGCGAGCUGGGCGACGCGGCGCUGCGGGAGAGCGUGGCCGCGCUCGUGCCGCUCGUGCGCGUGGAGCACAUCCCGCCCGACCACGAGGUGCUGGCGCAGCUGGUGCGCCGCGGCGUGCUGCCCGCGCGGGCCCGGCCUCCGGGGGGCGCCGCCGACGCGUGGCUGGGCCGCGGCGCGCACCGCCCCGCGCGCUGCUUCCUGCCCUACCUGGACGAGCUCAGGGCGCUGCUGGAGGACCAGGCCGUGCCCGAGGCGGAGGUGGCCCGCAUCAGGCGCGAGCGCUACAUGCACCGGAUCCCGGACACCCUGUACAUGGUGGCGGCGGCGCGCGGGGAGUCCCCCCCGGGCGGCGCGGAGGGCGCUGCGGGGGGUGCGGAGGGGGGCGCAGCGCAGUGCGUGGGCGCGCGGCGGCUGGCGGCGCUGCGGGCCCGCGCCCGGGAGCUGGCCGCGCGCGCCGCCCCGCUGCACCACCACGCGCACCACGCCGACAUGCUCUACCGACAGAUUGCGCUGCGGGCGGUGCGGGAGAUGUCGCUGCCGGACUCCUGCGCGGACCUGCUCAUCAGCGACAUUGAGAACGAAUGUAAUGGCGGUGGCGGCGGCGAGAGGUCCGGCCCGGAGCCCCGGCGCGCUCCGGCCCGCGCCCCGCGCACACACGACCCCGACAGCGACUGCUGCAGAAGGAGCGGCCCCGAGCGCUGCCCCCCCGCCGGCAGCCCCCGCGCCGCGCACCCCGCUCCCCUCGAGGGCCGCGCCGACCGCCGCGAGACGCAGCCGCGGCCCCCGGACUGCAGGAGCGGGUCGGGGCGGCUGUCGGCGGCCGUGCCGGACGUGGCGAUGGCUCCCAACGCGAACACCCACCUGCUCACCAACAGGGACUACUUCAGGCCGCCGCUGCCCGCAGAGUACGGUGGCGCCGUGCUGCAGCUGGACCUGGGGGACGGCGCCACGCACACGCCGCGACCAGGUUCGCGGGCGCAGCGGGCUCACGCGGCGGCGCAGCUCGCCCGGGGACACGCGCCGGCCGCGGCAAGGGCCCGGCUGAGCGCCGAGGAGCACCGCGCCGCCGUGGAGAUGUCCAUGAUCCGGGCGUACUCGGCGCUGGAGUACGGCUCGCCGCAGACGCGCCAGCUCCGCCGCAACCAGGCCGGCACCCUGCGCCAGCGACAAGACGCGCCCGGUUUCGCUCCCUCCAGCCCCCCUCCGGGCUCUCGGCACCCCCUCUACUCAUUCAGGAACAGAGAAAUUGAAUUCAUGACCGAGGCGGCGUACGCCCCCCCGGGGUGCCGCGACCACAGCCCCAGCAACUACGCAUGAGACGGGCCCUUCGUUGUCCUGACCCUGCCCGGAGCGGCGUCGGACAACGAGGGCGAUUCUUUCUACCUGGAGUUCCUGGAGGACGAGCCGGAGGACGACUCGGAGGAGUGAACCCAGCCGCUCCCAUGAACUGUACACUUGGCGACAUUCUUUUUUAUUUUUAAUAUUGUUUUUAGUGUUCGUCCGCACUGACAUGUCAGUGGGCCUGUCAGUGGAUUACCGAAUUUGUGACUUCUGUACACGUGAAGUGCACGGACCUGUGUCCGGGAACAUUAAUAUUAAAAUGAUAAAGCAAUAUUGUCUAAGACGGUGUUUCCCAACGUGGAGCUCACGCCCCACAAGGGGGUAAUUUGAUAAUUAAGGGGGGAAAUCGCAUUAAAUGAAUAUAAAAAAACUUUAUUAAAAUUAUUUUGAAUUUCAAUUUCAAAUUUUUAUUAUAUGUUUUG